AUGCUGCAAAAGAGUGGCCACACUGGAAAGGCUGAUAAAACGAGAAUUUAUGAGGAAAUCACCAACCAGGUCAAUGCUUUGGGGGUGGCGGAGAGGGAGCCCAAGCACAUCCGCAAUAAGAUCAAUGACCUGCGGAGACUGGUGAAGGAGAAUUUGGUGGCCAAGAAAAAACACGCAAGUGGAACAGGUGGAGGACCAGCCAGCAGGAUCACCCUGACACCGGAGGACCUUGUCGUGGCCAGGUUCCUGGCUAGGGAGCUGGUGGAGGGCCUGGACGGCUUCGAUUAUGGGGAUCAGCCCUUGAGGACAGCUUCUGGGAAGAAGAGGAGGAAGCUUAACUAUUCGGACCAGGAGAAGGAUGUGAUUAUCAGGGCCAUGUCCCGCUAUGAUGUGUACCUCUAUGGUGCAGAGAGUGGCAACACCACUAAGGCCAGGAAGGCGGAGAUCCUGAUGGAGAUAGCGACAGAGGUCAAUGCCCUGGGACAUGAGAUUCCGGUAUCUCGAUGUUCAGAUCCUUGUUCAUCCGGCAGCAGAAAAAAGUUUGGAUCUUCAAUUCAUAAAUGUUGCUAUGAAUGUGUCUCAUGUUCAGAAGGAGAGAUAUCCAACAUUUCUGACAGUGAAAACUGCAUGAAAUGUCCUGAUGAAGAAUGGCCAAAUGAGAAGAAGGAUCGGUGUGUUCCAAAAUUUAUGGAAUUUCUCUCCUACACUGAUGAUCCCAUUGUUGCAGUAUUUUCAGCUGUCUCCAUCCUCUGUUGUCUUUUGACUGGUUUAAUAUUGGGGAUAUUUAUACAUAACCAGGACACCCCCAUUGUUAAAGCCAAUAACCGGGACCUGAGCUAUCUUCUCCUGGUCUCCAUCAUGCUGAGCUUCCUCUGUGUCUUCUUGUUCCUCGGCCAUCCAGUAGAUGUGACCUGCAUGCUGCGUGUCACCUCUUUUGGUGUCAUCUUCUCAGUUGCCGUCUCUUCUCUACUUGCCAAAAGUAUCAUGGUGUGUAUUGCUUUUAAUGCCACCAAACCUGGGAGUCCCUGGAGGAAAUGGAUGGGAGCCAAACUGCCCAAUUUUAUCAUUUGUGUCUUCUCACUGGUUCAAGUCAUAAUCUGUGUCACUUGGUUGUCUAUUUCUCCUCCCUUCCAGGAUCGGGACACUCACUCUUAUCAGGGGAAGAUCAUAAUUCAGUGUAAUGAGGGUUCGGUUAUCGGCUUCUACUCUGUCCUGGGAUAUAUGGGGCUUCUGGCAGCUGUGAGCUUCAUUAUCGCUUUUUUAGCCAGGACAUUACCGGACAGUUUUAAUGAGGCCAAGUACAUCACCUUCAGCAUGCUGGUGUUCUGCAGUGUCUGGAUUGCCAUGAUCCCGGCCUAUCUGAGCACCAGAGGGAAAUACAUGGUGGCUGUGGAGGUUUUUGCUAUAAUGGCCUCAAGUUCUGGACUUCUUGGCUGUAUAUUUUUCCCAAAAUGUUACAUAAUUCUGUUCAGACCUGACCUAAAUACAAAAAUUAUUAUCCACUAA